UUAAGCCCUUCCUCGUUAGGCACUCUUCAUUAGCCUACACGUAGUUCAUGUAGGCUAGUUGUUGUUCUGCAAAACGGACAUCGAAGUUUGUUCAUCUUAAGUGAACUUUGUAACUUUAUAAGCCUGAAACGCAAAAAAAAGCAGGUGCACCACCUUGAAACUCCCCCGGGUGGAGGGGGUUGGGCCGACCUGCACGCGCGACAUAUUGUCUGGAAUUGACUUUCACUUCAUAAAAAAAGCAAACAAAAAACAUGGCGAGGCUAAGUGAGCAUGGGAUUCGUCUCAGUUCCAUGAGUCCAUCCUUCCUGAAUAGCAAUUCAACAAGUCAUACGUGGCCAUUCAGUGCAGUUGCAGAAUUAAUAGAUAAUGCAUCAGACCCAGGAGUGACAGCCAAGCAGAUCUGGAUAGAUGUGGUCGAGGAACAGAAGCAGCUCUGUCUGGCCUUCACAGACAAUGGUAGUGGCAUGACUCCCGGCAAACUGCAUAAGAUGCUAAGUUUUGGCUUCACAGAGAAAGGUUCUGGUAAGGGCAGCCACCAGGCAAUCGGUGUCUAUGGAAACGGCUUUAAGUCUGGGUCCAUGCGUCUGGGUCGUGACGCUCUCAUCUUCACUAAAAAUGGCGGCUGUUCGACCGUUGGUAUGCUGUCUCAGAGUUACCUACAGGCCAUAAAGGCUCAGGCUGUCAUUGUCCCCAUAGUGCCCUUCAACCAACAGACUAAGGUUCUGGUAGUGACUGAGGAUUCUGAGGCCAGUUUGAAGGCCAUACUUACCCACUCCCUGAUCCACACCCAGGAAGACCUGCUGAAGCACUUUGACUCCAUCCCUUCCAAGAAGGGCACUAAGAUCCUCAUAUGGAACAUACGCAGAACCAAAGAUGGGAAGCCAGAACUGGAUUUUGAGACAGAUGAAUUUGACAUCCGGAUGCCAGAAAUCCACUCAGAAGAGACCAAGAAAGAGAAAGGCAAAAGGCGGAGCUUUCCAGGACCACAAAGGACAGACCAGAACAUACCAGAGAUGGACUACUCUCUGAGGGCUUACCUCAGCAUCCUGUACCUAAAGCCUCGUACUCAGAUCAUCCUGAGACAGAAGAAGGUUCAGACAAAGCUAGUCGCCAAGAGCCUGUCACAUAUUGAGAAUGACGUUUAUAAGCCACACUUCAAUAAAGACCGGGUUAAGGUCACCUUUGGGUUUAACCGUAAGAACAAGGACCACUAUGGCAUCAUGAUGUACCAUAAGAACCGCCUCAUCAAAUCCUAUGAGAAGGUUGGAUACCAGAUCAAGUCAUCAGGUCAGAGGGCAGGUGUUGGGGUCAUUGGGGUUAUCGAGUGCAAUUUCCUAAAGCCAGCACACAACAAGCAAGACUUUGAGUACACAAAGGAGUACAGGCUGACCCUCUCUUCACUGGGCCUGAAACUCAAUGACUAUUGGAAUGAGAUGAUGGAGAAAAGGGCGAGAGAAAGAGAAUUCCAGGCUGCACAGAAGUUGACUGAAGAGGAAGAUUCUGACGAGGAGGAGGAAGAGAAAGAGGAGAGUCCAGUUUGGCUGCAGUGUGAGGAUUGUCUGAAGUGGAGGCGUGUCCCAGGAGGCCACUACAACUCUGUCCCAGAACACUGGACCUGCACCCAGAACCCUAACACCAUGCUCAGGAGCUGCUCCUUGCCGGAGGAAGCAGAGGAGAGUGAGGAGGAGUUAACACCAAGCUACCAGAAGAAAGCAAACAAGAAGGACCAAGGAAAAAGACGAGGCCGUCCACGGAAGCACCAAGUCCUUCCCCAAGGCCUUUCUGAGCCAGUCCUCCUCCGCCCUCUACCCCGUGGUACCCCCCUCCCUCCGCCCCCACAGGAGGAGACGGAGGACAACCAGAUGGACAAGACAGUAGUUUCAGUGGUGGCCUCAUCAGAGGAUGACGACAGCAUGGCAGUGCCCAAGACAGGGAGCAGCAAACGUAAAUCAAGAUGGCCGCCAAGGGACAUGGAUAAGAGACCCCAUCCAUGGGCGGAGCCAAACCCGUUUGCUGAUGAGAUCCAAGAGUUGCAGCCACCUGGAAAAGAGGUCAACGAACCACAGAUACUGACUGGGCCGACAGACCUGACCAAGGCUGAGAAGUUAUUGCCAGGGAUCAACAGAGUAUGUCCUUCCCAGCCCAGCUCCAGCAUGGCCUGGCCUCCGUCCCUCCCAUCGGCCCAAACAGUGGUGGUGUCCCCACUGAGUCGUCCAGAAGGCCCUUUGACCCGGGCUCUGACACUGGAGGGGACUGGGUCGGACAAAAGAACAAUGGUCCACAGGCUGGCCGGGCUGGAGAAGGAGACUCAGAGACUGAGGAGAAUACUGGGGUCGGACGCACCCCCAGCAACUCAGGACGCUGGGGUCAUGACAGAGAGUGCUUCUGUGGAUAGGGUCACUGGUGGGCCAGAGACAUCAUUCGCAGCCAUUGCAUCUAAACUGGACCUAAAGGAGUGUGAGAACUCUGCACCUCCUGGUGGCUCAAUGGUUCCUGGACUGAUUGUGGAGGGUGUCCAGACCCAGAAAGAACAGUCUGAGCUGGUCAGGCUGAGGAGGGAGAAGACUGACUCCCAGAGCAGGCUGAGGCAAACUGAGAGUCCAGUGACUAGGGACCAGAGCUCCCGAAUUCUGCAGGAGAACCUCCAAAGGAUCCGUGGGAACGUGGUGGCUCUGCUCUCUGCCAUCCUGCCUCACCUGGACCUACAGGGCAUAAGUCUGGACACACCAGAUGUUGACAGCAUCCUCCAGCAGAUAAUAGACGCCAACUCACUGUCUCUACUCUAAAACUCACCCUGCACUCAUGAAUUCCCUGUCAGAACAUACACUUACUCUCAUGGGUUUUCCUGCGGUUUAUUGCCAACAAAUAUAAUGAUCACUUUGGCCUGCGUUGUAAGGAUCACAUUAUAUUUCCACUAACCCUUCAACAUCUCCAGUGACUGUAACAAUGCAUAAUCCUCAGUGGCUUUCACGUUAAAUACUUCCCAGUUAACCCUCAGUUCCAAUGCAUUACAGCUAAACUAUACCAACGCUGCCACUACAUCGUUAAGUCUGCACAAUGUGGGCUGCAGUGUUUAUGCUAACUCCCGGUGUUGAGCGUGAUCAAUGAAAUGCUACACCAGAAGAAAAUAAUUGGCACUUUGGCAAAGCACGGCUCACUUCAAGUAGUCAGUUUUAUGCUUCCAAUCUAUUUUUCUUCUCCAUGCGUGUGUUGCUUGUUGAGUGGGCAAUGUUUGACUUGGACACAUGUUUUUUUACUGAAAUAAAAGCAUCUUAUUUGAAGUAAAGGUAGCACCCAAAGGUCACUAACCAUGCAUAGCAUUCUGAAGGUAAUACAUCAGAUUCACAAUGUACUUACAUGUGGUGUAGCUUGUCCAGGGCUUGACAUUCUGGUAAAUUGACCAGUGAUCUGAAAGGAAAGCAAAACAUGCCCAUAUGUCAUUUUAGUAGGGGAUUUUAUCUUUAAUUUUAACUGAGUGAGUAGUUUAGUUUAUGGAUUACCGAUUUUGGCAUAUUCAAGGAAUUUCACUGUAUUUUUUAAUGCACCUCAUAUUAAUUUUCAAGAACUUACAUUUGAUAUAUUAUUAGUGUAAUCGUUUUUUGGGGAAAGGCUCCCCGUAAAAUUGGUCUUUGACAUUUCGAGAAUAUAUAAUUGUUACAGGGCUUCCUAAUGGCACUACAAUUGCCAUACAACCCUUGACUAAUAUGUCUUAGCACGCAGUUAGCAAAUUGGAAUGAGUGCAGCUGCCUCUCGACAAAUAAUAAAAGGCUUGGAGCCGUUCAUUUGGUUCCUUGAUUUCCUUUUUUUGCUCGAACAACGAUUAUUUCCAGAUAAGUUACAACAUUAUUAUCUAAAGAUUGCACAUUAAAGGGACAGUUUGAACUAGAUUAAUAUUUAGAUCAAACCUUCAAGCGGAAUUUCACCCAGUUAUGAAUCUAGGUCGAACUAUCCCUUUAAAAACUGGGGAGAGUGCCUCUUUGUGUUCCACAAUCAUUUUCCAGUAGGUACUGUAGGCUAACGCCAGGUAAAAAAGUUGAUUUAACAAUUAGGACGGCCAAGAUGUAACCUAUUUGAACUUGUUUUUCAAGCUACAACGUUAUUCCAGAAAACAAAUCCACCUUUACAUUAGAGAUGUUCACUUUUUGUUCAUUGUUCUGUACUUAUUUUUAAGCAUUUUAAAUGAAAAUCAAUCAGGUGAACCAAAAAAACAGACAAAAUCUCUGCUAUGACGGUUACUGUACGCUUUCUUUUACCACACUAUUGUGGUCCUGGUGCUACUUUUUACUUGGUGUGAUAUGUUGAAAUGUUAUUAUUCGGUUCAGCAUGUUAUGCUGUGUGUUUUACCUUCUACAUACAGGCUAUUACGUAUCUUUAUUUAAACUUAUCUCCUUCAUUACCAUAAUGUGUUAAUACUGUCUCGCGUUUGAAAGAGAUGUAGAGAAAUAAUGUUUUUUUGUGAUAGCCUACUGAAUUGUUUUUUAUUUUAUUUUCAGAAAAUAAUGCAAAAAAAAUCUUAACACUGUAAUUGCUUGCUCUGUCAUUGUUUGUCAGUUUGUUUGUAUACUUUUUAAGAAAAUCAACGUAAUAUAAUAAUUGUGUGAUCCUUUGUCUCACUUGAGUAUUACAUCAUCAACAGUUCUGCUGUUAAAACACCCUACUAAUCCUUUUACCUGGAGCAGGUUGCCAAGUUUGUGUGAAUUCUGACAAUAAGCAAGGCAGAAUCUAUCCUCGACCGACAGACCCUUGCUAAAUAGCUUAGUGUUUAGAGACGCAAACUGCCAUGUAGGCGACCGCUGUUUGAUCCUUGGACAGAACAAAGUA